AUGAGCGCUGAACAUCGAGCUUUUGUUCCUUUGCGCGACCAGGGUUUGAACUUUGGACUUAAUGAAGAAGGGGCACCCAUCUUCAACAUGAUUACGGUCAGCGCCUCGGUCUUUGAGGAACUGACAGCGGCUGGCAGCCGCGAUGCCCAGCUGCGCGCCGGCGACAAGAAGACGGAGAACCAGGAGAACACCUUCGAACAGGCCAGGAGCAUCCGCAGCGCGUCGGCCGACAAGAAAGCGGCAGGUUGGAUGUACGUCGAGGUUGCUAUCCUAUCUCGGUCCUGCAUGACACAAUAG